AUGUCACUUAUACGAGGACUCUGUCUUACUGCCCUCACAGGCGCUGUUGUUGCACAGCAGAUUUUGAAAAAAGAAGACGAGAGGAAAUACAUCCGGAAAUACAACAAAAAGGUCCCGCUUAGCUGGAUGCCUGAAAGCAGGGGCGAAACCAUAAAGAAAGCCCAAGAGCAGAAGUACGACAUGGUCAUAAUAGGCGGAGGCAGUGCCGGUGCUGGGUGCCUGCUGGACGCAGCAACCCGUGGGUAUUCUGUCCUGCUGCUGGAAAGAGGAGACUUCUCGAGCGGAACCAGCUCAAAAAGCACCAAGCUAAUCCACGGCGGGAUUAGAUACUUGGAAAAAGCGAUUAAAGAGCUGGACUACAGACAGCUUUCCUUGGUGGUGGAAGGCCUGCGAGAAAGAAGGUCUUUUUUGAACCUGGCCCCAUAUCUGACCAGAGAAGUUGGCAUACUUCUGCCAAUUCGGCACAAAGUCACAGUUCCGUACUUUUGGCUGGGCACAAAAGUGUACGACUGGCUGUCUGGGGGGCUGGGCAUACAGAAAAGCUACUUCAUAAACAAAAACCAGGUGAAAAGGGCAGUCCCCGCAAUUGACUACAGAAAGAUAGCGGGCGGGAUGGUGUACUUUGACGGGCAAAUGGACGACUCAAGAGUUAACACCAUGCUGGUAGAGACCGGCGUGUACUAUGGCGGGCAUGCCCUAAACUAUGCAGAAGUUGCAGAGCUUACGAAAGAAAACGGAAAAAUAGUUGGCCUCUCCUUCAAGGACAGAGAAACCGGAAAAGUGCAUGCAGUCCGGUGCUCAGGGGUCAUAAAUGCGACUGGCCCGUACAGCGACGGCAUCAGGCUGCUGGACAACCCGCAGGCAAAACGGAUUAUAGCGCCCAGUGCUGGAAUACACUUGGUGGUGCCCAAAAGCUACACCGGCAAGUUUGGAAUGCUGAACCCAAACACAAAAAACGGGAGCGUGCUGUUUCUAAUCCCGUGGCAUGGGUUUUCCAUUCUGGGGACCACGGACAGUUCAGUGCGGGGUCUUAAGACGCCUCUUGCAACAGAGUCCGAUGUAAAGUAUCUUGUCGGGGAAAUGGGCGAGUUUGUGGACAGAAGCCUUGUUCCAAAGGCAAAAAAUAUUCUAAGCGCGUGGGGAGGCAUCCGGCCUCUCGCCAUGGACCCGUCUGCAGGGAAGGACAGCACAUGCAUUGUGAGGUCGCACCUAAUCGAGCAGUCUGAGUCCGGCCUGGUCACAAUAGCAGGCGGAAAGUGGACAAGCUACAGAGAAAUGGCGGAGGAAACCGUCACUGAAGCUGCAAAAAUAUUUUCCUUGCCGGGGAGAGAGUGUGUCACAAAGUACGUUCGCGUCAUAGGCAGCCACGGGUACACCCGAAACCUCUCAACUGAAAUUGAGAAGGAGUUUGGGCUUCCGCAAGACGUAGCUGCCCAUCUGGUGUCCACAUACGGGGACAGAGCCAGAAAAGUGUGCCUGUACGCAAACGGAGACUACAGAAAGAUAGACCCCAAACACCCGUAUCUUAUGGCUGAAAUACCAUACACAAUAGACCACGAGCACGUCCGGAAAAUAUCCGACUACAUUGGAAGAAGAAGCAUGUUUGCAUACUUCAACGUAAGGCACGCGCACGCCUCUGUUAUGGGCAUUUCCAAAGAGUUUGCAAGCUAUAUGAAGUGGACAAGCCCCCAGAAGGCUUCUGCCGAGAAAGAGGCAUACGAGUAUUUCGACACAAUGGGGCACGCUCUUCUUAUGCGCAUGGAGCAGAAGGAGAAAAAAGUCGAAGACUUUCAAGAAAAACUGAAGGGAAUUUGCACAAAGUCUGGGUGCGCACACUCUCCUAUGCAGGCCCUGGUUGAAAAAACGUUCGGAAAGUCGGCCCUUCGCAUGAUGAACUUUGGCCGCUCUAGAAAAUACAUUUCCAUGUAUGAUGUAGUAAAAACAGUGAAAGCCCAUGAAGAAAUGCUGUAA